CCUCUCGCGCGCCGCUCGGCUCCUUCACAGGGUGACACGUCUGCGGUGAGUGAGUGGCGUUGGCAGCCUGUCAAUCCCUCACCGGAGCGGCCAUCAAACAACAUAAAACACGCGCGGGCACCGGGCGCGGGGCUCAUAAAUUCCGGCGGGCCGAUAUUUUUGCACAUUGCUUUGCAGAGAGUGUGUAAUUAAUUUUUUUACAGUUCUUUCCCCGUUAUUUCCGCUCUUUUCUUUGCACAAGUUCAAACUUUUGAUUGCUGCUGUCUCACCCCCGUGCACAGACUUGGGAUCGUUUGUUAUUUGGGGGGGAGGGCGAUUAAUUUUUUUUUCCCCUCUAUGAUUGUGUUUUCUUGGCUUUUUUUUAUGUUGCAAUUUGGGGGUGGGGGUGUUCGCUGGUUUGUUGUGGGUUUUGCUGUUUGCACCCUCUCAACUUCUGAAGGAUUUGAAAGCGAGUUUUUUUGAUUUUGUAUUUAAUUUUUUUUUUUUUAAUUUUGCCUUUUUUCAAAGAAGAUUUUUGGACAAGUGGGGAAAGACAUAAAAAGCGACAAUAAAAAUAAAAAGGGGAAAAAAAAAAAAGCUUUGGAGGAAGAUUGUACCAGGAAAACCUCACAGAAACCUGCUCAGCUCAUUUAUCCGAGGCACCAAUAUGAUGAUGAUGAAAGAAGAUUGUAACUAAAGAAGAGAGUGAUUUACUGCCCUGGGAAGGAGAAGAGAGUGGAAUAAACAGCUGAGAUCCGGUCAAAACACAAAUACUACAUUUUUUUUUUUAUUGUUUUGUUUGGUUUUUUUUUUCUCCCCCUUGUUUUUGUGGUGUGUGUGCAGAGCGCGGUCGGGAGCGCGGCACUGGGACUGAGCGGGGCAGGCGCUGCCGUGACCGCCCGGAGCGCGGCCCGGCCCGGAGCCAUGGACGAUCAGUCCAGGAUGCUGCAGACUCUGGCCGGCGUGAACCUGGCCGGGCACUCGGUGCAGGGGGGCAUGGCCCUGCCGCCUCCCCACGGACACGAAGGGGCCGACGGCGACGGCAGGAAGCAGGACAUCGGCGACAUCCUCCAUCAGAUCAUGACCAUCACUGACCAAAGCCUGGAUGAGGCACAAGCAAAGAAACACGCCCUGAACUGCCACAGGAUGAAACCCGCCCUGUUCAGCGUCCUCUGCGAGAUCAAGGAGAAAACAGGUUUGAGCAUCCGAGGAGCCCAGGAGGAAGACCCUCCCGAUCCUCAGCUAAUGAGACUAGACAAUAUGCUUCUGGCAGAAGGAGUCUCAGGUCCGGAGAAAGGUGGGGGAUCGGCGGCAGCAGCUGCAGCCGCAGCAGCCUCUGGAGGGUCUUCAGAUAACUCUAUUGAACACUCAGAUUACAGAGCCAAAUUGACCCAGAUCAGACAAAUCUAUCACACAGAGCUGGAGAAAUAUGAACAGGCAUGUAAUGAAUUUACCACACAUGUGAUGAACCUCCUCAGAGAACAGAGCCGGACACGUCCCAUUUCUCCCAAGGAGAUUGAAAGGAUGGUGGGCAUCAUUCAUCGAAAAUUCAGCUCCAUCCAGAUGCAGCUCAAACAAAGCACUUGUGAAGCAGUAAUGAUUUUAAGAUCAAGGUUCCUCGAUGCCAGACGGAAAAGGCGUAACUUCAGUAAACAAGCCACAGAAAUCUUGAAUGAGUAUUUUUACUCCCACCUCAGUAACCCCUACCCCAGUGAAGAAGCCAAAGAAGAGCUGGCAAAGAAAUGCAGCAUCACGGUAUCGCAGGUGUCCAACUGGUUUGGCAAUAAGAGAAUCAGGUACAAGAAGAACAUUGGGAAGUUCCAGGAAGAAGCCAAUCUCUACGCAGCAAAGACGGCUGUGACCGCAGCGCACGCCGUGGCCGCGGCUGUCCAGAACAACCAGACCAACUCCCCCACCACACCAAAUUCUGGUUCUUCUGGUUCUUUUAACCUCCCAAAUUCUGGGGACAUGUUCAUGAACAUGCAGAGUCUGAAUGGGGAUUCUUACCAGGGGUCCCAAGUCGGAGCCAAUGUGCAGUCACAGGUGGAUACCCUGCGUCAUGUUAUCAAUCAGACGGGAGGAUACAAUGAUGGCUUGGGAGGAAAUUCACUGUACAGUCCACAUAAUUUAAAUGUGAGUACCCGGGGGAACAGUGGUUUGGAGAGCCAUAAGCGCAGUGGCAGGCUAAUGGAGGCUGGCAGGAUGCAACCACUCCAUCUUCUGUGACUUCCCCUACAGAAGGGCCGGGAAGUGUGCACUCGGAUACCUCUAACUAAUCUCCUAGCAACACUUUUUCCCUGAGCUGAGAUGCCUUGAUUAGCGCAUUCAGAGUCGCAGGAGAAAAAGGAAAGAGUUUUUUGUAGCCAACCACCUACAGCUUUACUGUAAAACCUUGUCUUAUUAGAAAACUUGGUAAAUCUGUUUUUUAAAGGUAUCAUAAUCAUUUGUAUUUAUACUUAAAACACACAAUGUUAAAAAGCACUUUAUCCAAUUAGGCCAAGAUUUAGCAUUGUUUAUAGCCCUGUAACUAUUUUAUCAUAAUUUAUUAUCAGCAGUUUUAACGAUGUUGGUCUAACAGUUGCCAAUUACUUGGCCUUAAGGGUAAAAGUACAGGACAAGCUUAACCUCAGUAGCAAGAGCAGACACAAAGAACCGCCUCACCCAAAUUUAACUGUGUGCAUAUUUCCAUGGGAAGUUGGCAGGAAUCGCAGACUUUGAUUGUGUUUCAUCUUUUCAUAUCUCUCACAGAGCUGGAAUAAAAAGAGCUGUUCGGUUAUUUCGGUUAACAAUGGUUGUGUUUAAGAAUCCUUAUUCGUCACAUUUUUGUUGUGAUCUAUUGUCUUACAAAUUAGAUUGGAAACCAGGAUCAUCUUUUCUUGCUAAAGCCCCCCCGGACCCCGAGUCUCCUUUCUGUACCCCGACACGGACGCAGGUUGUUCUUGGGAGAUGACGACUCUUGCUGCUGGUCUCUGUGCACGCCACGACCCGGGGUUUUACAGUACGAGCUGGAUGCUGCCACGCCUGCCAAGGGCUGGUGCCUCUGCUUGGCAGCAAAACACAAACAAAGGAAAAGGAAAGGAAAAAGCACCGUGAUAUGGAGUGUUGUACAUAGUGUAGCAAAAGAGUAUUUAUACAUCUCACCAAUCAAACACAGCUUUAUUACCUCAUGCGAACUCAUACAAACCAAUAGACUUUCAACAUGUUCUGUAGCUUAGAGUGCUCACUUACUACCUCUGAACGAUACUCACGCUGUAGUUUGUCUCUUUCUUAUCUUUUUGCAUCUUGUAAUUAACUCUUUGUUUCCCCACGAAAUGUAAUGUACAUUGUAAUCUCCUACGAAUCAGGGUUGCCUUGGCAACUGCUAAAGAAGCGGAAGUGGAAACAUGGGGUCUUAGGUUGGACACAAAACAGUGCAACUGUUGUAAAUACUGAGAAGCAUUUUGAAUGUUCUUCAUCUUGUUACUAAUCCACGCAAAAACCAACAACUAAUUGUAAUGCAUACAGACUUCAGUAUUCGGUACUGUACAUCCCCCUCGGUCGCAGGGGCCCUUUCUCUCUCUCUUUUGUAUUGUAUGCGAUUCUGAAACUGAUUGAGUCAUGAAAAUAAUUUGUGGCAGUGAUUCUAAUGUAUUAAACCGUUUCGUGUUACUUUCUAACUGGAUUACACCCUGGAUUGAAAAGUCUUCCUCGUGGUAGUUAUAUGUAGUUUCAAACAUGAAUAAACUUUUUGCUUUCAUGAUCGAA